GGGACUUGUUUAAAUAGAGACUCAUGUCACUCUUCUCUCUCAAUAUUGGCAAUUUAGUUUUCUUUUCUAAAACGUUGCCAAGUUUGAUUCUUUUGGUGUAACUUAUCAAAAAUGGUUUAUGAGGGAAAUGAUUGCAGCAGCGACGACUCCUACUCGGGUGGUUUUGAAUUCCGACGCAGAAAAAAACCUCGGCAUGUAGAAGAAGCUUUCAAAAUGCAAACUAUCGUAAUAUCAUAUAAAGAAACAGAACAAGCUUUUGAGGAGAGUAUUUACAAGACAAAAACUGAGGAUGAGCUGGUGAGUUACAAUAAUCUGGAGAUUGAUAAUGAUGACAAGGAGACGAGUGAAGAAGAUGAUAUGUGUGUUCUUAAGGUUGUACUUGAGGCGGUGGCAUCGUUUCAAGGUUUAAGUCAGUAUCAGAAGAAUUUGAUGUUUCAAAAGCUGAAGAAUCUUGGAGCUGAAACAAUUAAAGAGUUCAUCGAUGAGUGGAAGGCAUUGAAUGUUGAGGAGCUACAUUUGAACAUCAAGAAAGAAACUCUCUUUGCAAAGUUUGUAAAAGCUGGAGUUUGAUAUUUUACUUAUCCAACGAAGAAACGAAAUUCUGUUUU